CUCCCGGUGCGAUGGAGUCGGUAGGGCAGAUGAAGCAGCGGCACAAGCUGGAGUUGAGAGAUUUGCAAGGCCAAACCAAAGCAUUGGCCAAGAAGUUGAAGAAGGACAACCUGAGCAAGAAAGAAAUUGAACAGCGCGUGGCCGAACUGGAGAAGUCGACGGCAUCACGGCAUGCAACCGAAUUGCAAACUAUUAUGCAAGCGCUAAAGGUAUCGGAGGAGGCUCCCGACGUAACGCCAGCAAGUGCCCCGGUGGUUGUCGAAGAGAAGUCGAAUGCAAGAUUAGAAAAGGCACAGCGAAAACGAGACAAAAAGCGCCAGGAAGAACGCGACCGACAGGACCGCAUCGCGUUUGAGUCGCAAAACGUCGUAAGCCAGCGACAGAUCGAGAUCGACGCGAUUUCAAACCAGUUGACCUCGCUCAACCUGGUCAUCAAGGAGAUUCCGUCGGACGGUCACUGCAUGUAUCAUGCUGUUGCCGAUCAACUGAAAUUAACGGGACGUCUCGCUACCGUCACGGUACCAGCAACACCGAGUUCGUCGCUCACGUCGCGAGCUAGGACGCUUAUCUUGCGCUACGACAAAAGACUGCCGCAUAUAUGCGUGCUCACUCUGACGACUUUUUGCCUUUUGUUGAGUUAAAUUACGACUCGGGCGUGCCCAUUCAAGAUCAAUUCGAUAGCUACUGCAAACGCGUGGAAGAAUCGUCGGACUGGGGUGGCCAGCUCGAACUGCGAGCCUUGGCCCAAGCUCUGAUGGUCCCAAUUGAAGUCUAUUCGGCGUCCAGUGCCGUCCUUGUCAUGGGGGACGAGUUCCUCGGCGACUGUCGAUCUCCAUUACGUCUCUCGUAUCACUUGCACUACUACACGCUGGGCGAACAUUUCAACUCAAUCGCGCUUGCCGCAUGCGAGGACGCAACUCUUCACUAGACAUACGGCGGCACGCACUGGCCCAGUUCCAUAAACCCCACAAAGCAAGUUGUCGUUCGAGUUGGAUAAUGCAUCAAUCAUCAUGGACAUUGCUAUGGAUUUUUAGAUGAAAAUGGGAAAAAUUCAUUAGAUAAUUAGUCAUUUAUCUAAGUCAAGUUGAAG